AUGCCCUCUAUGGUCCCCGUCUCUCAAUGGUGGCAGCUCCAUCAGAAAGAUGGCUCUCUACAGCAUCAGACAGUACCAAUACCAGAUAUCAAACCUAAUGAGUUGCUGGUGAAGCUCCAGUACACUGGUGUCUGUCACAGCGACCCUAAGAUCCAGGAAGGGAUCCUCGGUGGCCACGAAGGCACAGGUACAGUUGUGCGUGUGGGAAACCUCGUUACUAAUUUCAAGAUUGAUGAUCACGUUGGCAUAAAGUUUCUCCAUGAUCCCCGUGACAACUCAUGCGACCUUUGUGAGCAGGGGCACCAGAAGAUCUGUCCCGUGUCUGGUGCUCACGUUAGCGCUUCGUUUCAGCAAUAUCGUGUCUGUAAAGCAAGUGAAGCAGUACGCAUUCCGCGAGAUAUGGAUAUGGCUUUGGCAGCGCCGGUGAUUUUGAAUCAUCCUUUAUGUAACAGGCCGCUGCAUCCUUUUGCUAACGAAAACUCCAAGAUCAUGUGCGCUGGCGUAACAGCCUUCAAGGCUCUUCAAGAGUGUGAUCUGAUACCGGGCCAUAUCGUCGCAAUCGUCGGCGUUGGAAGCGCAGUUGGUAUCUUGGCAUGCCACUUCGCCAAAGCACGCGGCUGUCAAGUCUUAGCUGUUUCUCACGGCAGCAAAAACCGGAAUAUGUUCCUCAACGAUCUAGGUGUAUAUUCCUUCGUUGAUUACGAAGAUUGCCCGGACAUUACCACUGAGAUAAAAUCCUUGACUUUUGGUGGCCCACAUGCUGUCAUCGUUGACUCGAUUUCGGAUACCCUCCUUCAAUUUGCUAUUCGGUUUGUUCGUACGUCUGGCACUGUUGUGCCUGUCGGACUACCUCCGGGCGGACGUUUGAACGCCGACAUAGUUGACAUUAUGGCUCGAAGGGUGAAGAUCAGAGGGUCCUGGGUGGCUGGUGUGGCAGAUACGGAAAAGGCACUUCAAGUUGUCCACGAAAAGAAAUUACAAAUAUCCCAUCAAGUCAUUCAUGUGCGUGACUUGCCUCUAGUCUGUAAGAAGAUUCAAGAAGGAGAAUUGGUCGGUAAUCUCGUUCUUGAUAUAUCCCAGGAAUCCUGCGGUUCAUUGCGAAAAGGCUUGCCUAUCAACUACUCAAGCCUGGCUUCAGAAAACUGGAAUAUCGGAACUUAUCUGGCAAGUAGGAUGGAAACGCUGGGAGUCAAGCAUUAUUUUGCCGUUCCAGGGGACUACAAUCUACACUUUUUGGACGAACUUCUAAAAAAUGAGAACCUUCAGAUGAUAGGGUGCUGCAAUGAGCUGAACGCCGGGUAUGCAGCCGACGGUUACGCGCGGGCUUCUCCGUCUGGAUUCGCCGUGGUCAUUAUCACACAUAUGGUUGGAAGUCUGUCGGUCCUCAACGCCAUUGCAGGGGCAUAUGCAGAGCGACUUAAAGUGGUAGUCAUCAACGGUUGUCCCAAGUCUGCGGACUACGAUUCAAACAGAAUAAUGCAUCAUACGACAGGCGAGGUAGACAAAGGGCAGUCUCAUAGGAUUUUCAAGGAGGUGACAUGUGCGAGUGUCCGGCUACAGCCAGCACCUGAUAUCGGCAUUCAGUUAGACGCAGUCUUGCAGCAGUGUAUCAAGAACUCUCUCCCGGUCUAUAUCGAGGUACCCAGGGACACUGUGCAGAUGACAUGCCUCCCACCAGCAGAAUUUACGAUUCCAGCACGAAUCUCAUCUAAGGACAGAUUAGCGGCGGCAGCUGAGCUGAUUAGAAAAGCAUGGACAGCUGCGAAGAAUCCAGUCAUACUCAUUGGUGGAUUCACUCGCCUAUAUCUUACCAAAGACACCGUAUCCUCGUUCGCUAGCAAGCUUGGCUGCGCCGUAUUCUUCCUUCCAGAUGGUAAAUCGCAUAUCCGGAACUCGCACCCGCAGGUAUGCGGGGUAUUCUGGUCAAAAGCCUCUGAUCCGGAGGUAGUGACCACAGUCAUGGAGUCAGACCUGUGGGUUGUGAUCGGUGGACACUGGUCUGAUAUGCACACGGUCGGUUCAUCAAUCGAUCUUGAGAAAGAACAAAGCAGAAUUCUGAAUCUUGAGGGAGAUCACGUUCGGAUGCCAGAUGGUACAUCCAUAGAGGAGGUGGCGCUUCAAGAGGUGAUUGAGGAGGUUCUCCAUUCACCUAUUACACAAAACAAUGCAUCACUCAAGCAUUUCCAGUUGGCCAGGGGCGUAACUACAAAUGGUUUUGCCACUCCCAGUCUGGAUUCAUCACUCACCGUCAACCAGAUCGUGAAAGGCCUUGAGCGGAUUCUCAACAAAGACGAUAUCGUCCUUGCCGAUACGGGAGACAGCUGGUUUCACGUAGCGUCCAUGAGCAUACCAGACGGAGUAGACGUUCAUAUGCAAGUCCUUUAUGCCUCAAUCGGCUGGGGCUUGCCGGCAUCUCUGGGCUCCCAGAUUGCUCGGGAAAAGAAGGGACGUUCAAUAUUAAUGAUCGGGGAUGGCGCCUUUCAGAUGACCGUACAAGAGGUGAGCACGAUGAUCAGAAUGCGGUCAAACGCCAUAAUCAUUAUAUUAAACAAUUUGGGAUAUCAAGUUGAGACUGCCAUACAUGACGGCCCGUACAAUUAUAUCGCGAACUGGCACUACGCCAGUCUUGUAACUGGAAUGAGCAGUACUUUUCAUACACUGUCAUCACUCAAUCCGUAUAUGUCAGAGGAAGAGAAGGAAGAACUACUGAGACCGGCAAUGUUCUCGAUGAAAGUUCAGACAUAUGGCGAUUUGACUGAAGCUCUAAAUAGAACGCAGAAAGAGUCUGAUAAGCUUGCCAUUUUAGAGUGCUGUGUGCAUCCCGACGAUAUCAGCCGCAUGUUGCGCAGAUUUGGUCCUCUUCUUCAUGGGAAUGCUCCACCAGUCGAAGAGGAAGAACCGCAUUUGACAAACAGACAUGGUAACGGAUCUUUAGUGCUCUCGAAGCUGGAUUCGCCUAGUAUAAAAUCGCCGCUCUCCUCUGCCCGUCUCGUGAUACACUCAAACGGAGAAGAGAACACACAGCCCGUCUAUUCCAAUACCAGCCAUCAAGAUCAAUACCGCGAGCUGACGGACCAUAUGCUAACAUGCGUCUGGACCGCAAGCGCCGGAUGGCAAGAACCGAAAAUCACGCGGUCUACCUCAAUUGCUCUCAGUCCCACUGCUCCCGGACUCAAUUACGGCAUACAGUGUUUCGAAGGGAUGAAAGCAUACCGUGGCUACGACGGACAACUACGACUAAUCCGGCCAAUGUUGAACUUCAAACGCCUACUCAGCAGCGCUCGCCGGGUUGGUCUUCCCGAUGACAUCGAUGUGGACGAGCUACAGAGGUUGAUCGAGGCUCUUUUGCGGGUGGACGGGCCCAAAGGGCUACCCAGGGAUUCUCCCGGCUCGUUUUUGUAUAUCCGUCCCGUCUUUGUGGCUACAGAUGCGUCGAUAGGUUUUCGAAGGCCCUCGGAAGCGUUGCUCUGUGUUGUUUUUGUCCGCUCCCCACCGUUCGAUCAUUCAAGUGCUAUGAGUCUCAUAACUAGCCCUAUUAAUCGCUGUCGUGCGUGGCCGGGAGGCACUGGAGAUGCGAAAGUUGGCGGCAAUUACGCACCUACUAUCCCAACCCAUAAAGAAGCUACUGAAGCCGGAUAUUCACAGACAUUAUGGCUGUUUGGUGAUGACUGUCAGGUCACCGAAGCGGGAGCCAACAAUUUCUUCGUUAUCUGGCAGUCAGCACACAGCAACCGAAUAGAGCUGGUUACAGCGCCACUGGAAGACGGAAUUAUUCUUCCUGGAGUCACUCGACAGAACGUAUUAGACUUAGCGACCGAGGAGCUAGCCAUUGACGGUCAUGACGGGCAGAGCAGACUCGACGUUCUGGAGAGGACAUUCACUAUGCAUGAGAUUGUCACUGCUUCGGAGGAAGGCAGACUUUUGGAGGCUUUCACAACAGGGACAGCAGUUGAAUUGCAGCACUUCAUAUGCCCCGUGUCCAGAAUCUAUUUUCGAGGUACAAAGGACAUUUUCCUGCCUCUUGCACACGGUCAGCCAGCCAAGUACACCGAGCUGAUCAAAACUUGGCUAGAGGAUAUUAUGUAUGGAAAGGUAGAGCACUCGUGGGCGAGGAUAGUCGAUAAUGCGUAG